AUGUCGGUUCAGAGCUCCAAACUCUCGCUGCCACGACCUCCCGUCGCUAAUGUCAUCGUACGAAACACACCUGCUGCUGGUGGACUUCGUCGCACUUCUCCUGUAUCGUUGCUGCUCUUGGGGUUUCGUCGUGCGAGGAGAAUCGCUCCGGUUAGAGGUGUUAAUGUUGCUCCAGCGCGACAAGAGAACACCAACCGGCCAGAGCCUCUGCGUCUAACGUUCUUCGAAGCGUUUGGGGUGCUGGGCGUCCCUUUCCUAACUGUGGCGAUAAUCUGCAUAGCUUGGACCUCAUGGCUGGUAUUUCUCACUCUUGCACCAAACGAAGCGGCGAAUUUGCUCAUGAACACUGGCGACUACGACAAUGGCAACUUCUGGCUGAUCAGCGAUCGCCCGCCUAUCGUCAACCGCCCAAAGCUCGAGCGCGCCCAAACGCUUUACGGAGAUCUCACGGGCUACAACGCGAAAUACCGCAAAUUCUUCAAUUUAUGCCACAAAGUGAGCGACCUGGUCGUGCAGGGUAUCGUUUUGCGUCGUAUUCUAAACCAGGGGCUGCCCACUGAGUUGACGCUGGGAUAUGCGAUUUUUGUGUGCAUCAACGGGUUAUCGGCCAGUACGAACAUUCUCAUAGCCAAAAACUCCGCAUUUGUCGAGGUCCUCAUCGACUCUUGCUACUGCUACAACAACUUUAACUUCGAUCGAGCAGUGUACUUGGUCAACGCUGAAGUGCUCUCCGAUGGGAACUUUGAACGGUUAGCUCGGACGCAGGCGGACCCCGCGGAGGUGGCGCUAUUCCUCAUGAACUUUGACUCGUUACGCAUCGCUGGGUUCAUGGAUUUUGUACUUAGCAUCGGACUGAACCUUUCGUUCUGCUACCGCUUCUUCCGGGUCUCUCAAGCUGCUUGUGCCGCCUACCCGGAGUGUGUUGCGUUCUCGAACGUGUGGAAUACGGACAACCAGUGUCCUUGCAUCAUGCUGAUCGAUGGCGACCGCGCCCCCCGAACAGCUGAGGAGUGGAAUUCACCUAAAGAUGUUACACACGAGGUGCGAGCUCUCGCAUCGGCAGGCUUGCUACAGCAGCUCCAGCUAAUCAACCGUCAGUUGGUCCAUUGGCCAGAGGAAUUGCGACGCUGUACAGGCCUUCGAAGCAUAUCGUUGAUUUACACAAGUAUAGCAGACAUUCCGAGCUGGGCGAAGGAGUUCAAGCAACUCGAAGCACUCCAUGUCGAAGGCAAAUACGGCAGUCAGAAUCUCGUGACUUUACCUCCAGGUCUCUUCGAAGACAUGCCCUAUUUCAAGUUCUUGCACCUCGGCAACCACCACAACUUGGUGGCCAUCCCCCCUUUCGACGGCACGCCCAAUAUCCGCAGCGUCACGUUUGCCAUCCUGCUAUCGCUCACUGAGCUCCCCUCUUUCGAUAAGGUCCCAGAACUUGAGACUUUACUCCUCAUUCACAUCCCUCAGGUGGUGACUGUGCCCGACCUCGCGCCACUCACCAAACUCUCUCGCUUUGCCCCUCUCGCGAUUCGCCCCCACCAUUUCUGCUGCAACGGAUUUAUCGGAUCUUGCGAUCUGACGGACUGGUACUGCCAGCCUGAGCCAAUAUUUAACGUCCCUGGCGCUGAAUGCCUUGAUCCGAAUGACCCUCGGCGCGCUACAGCGACUACGAAAAAGGUUUUCGCUGAGUUGUCGCUUUCCGUUUGCCAGAAAUCUUCGGUCCCGUUUGUACUCGAAGCGCUGUCAGAUUUCCCCACCCCCGAGCGGAUCGCGUCGUGCAGUGGUGUCAUGUACCGACAAUGCGAAAUCCCCGGGGUGACUUCCGUGAAUGGGACGGUCGGGAUAUGCUACAGUAGCCGGAUGCAAGUCGUCGCGUGCAACGUAGAUCAGCUGUUCAUUAAGGUGAGGAGGCUGCAGACUGAGCGCGGAGUGGGUCUACCGUGUGAUCCAGAGGAGGAGGCGUGGCUGGGAUGCAAGCGGGACGGCUAG